GGUGCUCAGUAUGGCGGCCGAGCACAAAACUAAGUUGUCCAAGAACCUGCUGCACAUGAAGUUCAUGCAAAGGGGACUGGACUCAGAAACCAAGAAACAACUAGAAGAGGAAGAAAAGAAAAUCAUUAGUGAAGAGCACUGGUACUUGGAUUUGCCCGAGCUUAAAGAGAAAGAGAGUUUCAUAAUAGAAGAGCAGAGUUUCUUGUUAUGUGAAGAUCUUCUCUAUGGAAGAAUGUCAUUCAGAGGAUUUAAUCCUGAGGUUGAGAAAUUAAUGCUUCAGAUGAAUGCUAAGAACAAAGCAGAAGAAGUUGAAGAGGAAACAGUGGAGCUCGAUGUGUCAGAUGAAGAAAUGGCUAGAAGAUAUGAGACCUUGGUGGGGACAAUUGGGAAAAAGUUUGCCAAAAAAAAGAGACCGUGCCAAUUAUGAAGAAGAUGAAAAUGGAGACAUAAAACCAAUUAAAACAAAGAAGAUGUUCUUAAAGCCCCAAGAUUAAAACGGAUGCCUUAAGAUAUGGCUCAGGGUUGCCUUGUGAGAAUUAGCACAUUUUGGAACUCAUUCUGUUGGUUCCUCUAUAGUUAUUAAUGCUGUAAUGUUUAUUUGUAAAGAAAUGUAUAAUUUUGGAAACAUGCUGUUUUUGGAACAGAUGUGUGAUGGAUGUUAUACAUCCUUUGCUUAAUGGUAUUCAUCAAGAGUGGAUUUUUAACCCUUGAUCUUCAACUAUACAUAGGUACGUGGUUGCUUCCUAAAGAAUUUUUUAUCUCAGAUUUUUUAAAAUAUAGUUCUCCAGUCACUGACCUUGAAUUGACUCAUGUAAACUAAUACCAGUGUUUAAAUUGCCCUUA